CAAGAUAGUUUGGGACUUGGCGUCAUCCUUUUUCCAUAUGGGGGUACCACUUAUACGUGGACAAUUUCUUAUUCAAGCGUGCCACUAUUUAGACAUUUGUUCAAUCUGGGAAUUUGCGCAUGUGGCACUGUGCGAUCUAAUCGCCGGGGCUUCCCCCAACGGCUUGUAAAUACCCGUCUUAAAAAGGGGGAAAAAGCCUGCUUGAGAAAUGAAGAAUUGCUCGCAGUGAAGUGGAAGGACAAACGGGAUGUAUACCUCCUGUCUUCCAUUCACGCAGAUACGACCGUCCAAAUUACCACGGCAGCUGGUGUUGUUGAGAAGCCCCUCUGUGUCCACGAUUAUAACCUUAACAUGGGAGGGGUGGACUUCAACGACCAGAUGAUGCAGCCGUAUUUAGUUUCCCGAAAAGCCAAACGCUGGUACAUAAAAGUGUCAGUUUAUUUAUUUCAAUUGGCUGUAUAUAACGCUUUUGUUCUCUAUAAAGCAACUGGACAUAGUGGAUCAUACCUAAAUUUCCAGUUAGAGAUCAACAGGGCCCUUUUGUAUCCAGAAGGUGCUGCGCCCCAAACCCCUAUCCCAGAUGCAGUUAGCCGUCUGCAUGAGAGACAUUUUCCCGAUACCAUUUCUGGUACCCAAACCCAAAGAAGACCCCAAAAAAGAUGUGUCUGCAGUAAACGUGGAAUUUGGGCGUGACAGCCGCUAUUGUUUGUCCCUCCUGUCCUGGCCAACCUGGCCUCUGCGUCAAGCCCUACUUCUGCCUCUACCAUACACUAGUUGACUAUUA